AUGGUCAAUCCUACAGAUUUAAUUAGAAAAGAUAUAAUCAUGGAUAGUGGAAGACAAUUUUUCACCAACACAUUAAAUAAUUUAGAGAAUAUUUACAAAAGAUUUUCCAAUAACUCCUCUUCUUACUUGAAAAUAAAAGAUUGGGAGGAAGAGAAUAAUAACAACAUUGAUACUUUAUCAAAAUACAAUAUAUCAAUAAGUGAAUAUCAACAACAUAAUAGAAUAAAAUCAACAAUAGAAAAAUUAAAAAAAACAAAAUCAACAGAUAUUAGAAUAACAGAACAUCUAUCAACUAUUUCAGAUUUGUAUAAUGAUUCUGAAACGAUUAUUUUUAUAAGAAUACUAAAAAAAGAAGAUAAUAAUAAUAAUAAUAAUAAUAAUAAUAAUAAUAAUAAUAAUAAUAAUAAUAACUCAAUUGGACCUGGUGACUCGGAAAUGAUCGAUAUUUCAGUCACACCAACUCCAGUGCCAGUUACACCAACUCCAGUUACACCAACUCCAGUGCCAGUUACACCAACUCCAGUUACACCAACUCCAGUGCCAGUAACCCAGAACUCAAUUCCAGUCCACGAAACCUUGGAAACAACCCCAGAUCCUCACCAAUAUCUGUGGAUGGUUGGAUUACCUUUAGUGAUCAUUCACCCACUCACAGAAGAUCGGCAUUUAGAAGAUUUUUGUAAUUAUAUUAAUAUAACUUCCACCGAGACUCAGAUAGAUAUUAAUAAUAUAAAGAAUAAUUUAUAUUAUAUUUUUAAAAAAUCAAAAUCUUAUUCAAAUAGUUUUGAUAAAUCAUCAUAUUAUACAUUAUCACCAUCUUCACCACCAUCAUCAUCAUCAUCAUCUACUCCCACUACUACUACCACAACCACUACAACUACCACUACCACAACCACUACUACUACACCACAAACAACAUCAUUUGACGAAUAUUAUCUUAUCAAUAAUUUUUUGAACAAAACAAACAUCAAAUCAUCCGAUAUAUCUUUAUCUAUUACUUUACUCAAAUCAUUUUGUAAUUUUGUCAAAGAAUCAAUCUCAAAUACACCACUAACUUCAAAGUUCUCAGUCACAUUGGAAAAUUAUAUUAAAUAUUUAUCAUCAAAUGUUAUCUCUGAAGAUUAUUUCUAUACUAUUCAAAAACAUGUUUUUACAUUUCAUUUGUUUUUGAAAAUCUAUAAUAUUCUAUCAAAGAGUAAGGUUGAUAAAGCGAAAAAAUCUUUAAAUAGUGACGAAGCUGUCUCCAUCGAAACUCUCCGAUCGAUUAUAUCAAAAGAGGAGCUAGAAUUGAAAAAACCAACUGCCGAUGAAAUAAACCAAUUUAAAAAACAGCGUCUCUGUCCAAGACACCUAAAACCUAUGGAGGAAUGCUCUCAGACUUGUAAAGAUGAAUUCCAAGGAUACCAAUGGGCAGUCGAUCUAUUUUCUGAAGGAUUUUUCAGUAAAUCAAAAGAUUUAGCAAAGUUGUGGCCGAAAUAUAGAUCAACUUAUAUAGACGAUAUCAAGAUUCAAUUCAAGGAACCACAAGUUCACGACAUUAAAUUUUCCACCAAACAACCAACUCCUGAACCAACAACAUCCAAUCUCGAGAAUCAAGAUAUUCCAACACAAUUUGCAAAUACACCAGCCGUUGUAAGUUGUGAUAGUAAUCUACUUCCCAUCAAAGUUACAGACCAUAAAGAUAUCAUGGUAGUUAUGUCAGAUCCAAUUUCAUCGAUGCACUUGGCUUUUAAUAGAGAGGACAAUGAUCUAUGUAAAACGUUUGCCAAUCUUUUUAAAGCAUUUGGAAUCAAAAAACCAAGUGCAAUGCCAACAGACAAACCAAGUGCCAUGUCGAUAGACUCUCCUGCCAUCUCUACAAACGACAAUCCAAGUGUCAAGCCAUCAGAGAAACCAAGUACCUUGCCAAUAGACAGUCCAAGUGCCAGACCAACAGACAAACCAAGUACCUUGCCAAUAGACAAUCCAAGUACCAUGUCAAUAGACAAACCAAGUGCCAUGUCAAUAGACAAACCAUGUGCCAUGUCAAUAGACAAACCAAGUGCCUUGCCAAUAGACAGUCCAAGUGCCAUGUCUAUAGACAAACCAAGUGCCUUGCCAACAGACAAACCAAGUGCCUUGCCAACAGACAAACCAAGUGCCUUGCCAACAUACAAACCAAGUGCCAUGUCAAUAGACAAACCAAGUGCCAUGUCAAUAGACAAACCAAGUGCCAUGCCAAUAGACAAACCAUGUGCCAUGCCAAUAGACAGUCCAAGUGCCAUGUCUAUAGACAAACCAAGUGCCUUGCCAACAGACAAACCAAGUGCCAUGCCAACAUACAAACCAAGUGCCAUGUCAAUAGACUCUCCUACCAUCCCUCCAACCGACUCACCUCCUACUAAUUAUUCUAAACAAUCCAUAAAAAGGAAGAAACCUGAACUGUCAAUAGACUCUCCUACCAUCCCUCCAACCGAAUCUCCUACCGACUCUCUAUCUGUGACUCCCACCGGUAAACCUCUUGCUCAAACUAAACAAUCCAAGAAAAGUAAGAAACAAGCUGGCAAACCUUCCGAGAACACUCCGAAUAAGAAACAAAAAGCCAAACAACCAGCCAAACAACCAGCCAAAGUGAAAAGGGUAUAUGACAAAAGAGUCAGCCCCAAGAAGAUGGUUAAAGAGGUACAAUUUAAGCUUCCCAUCGGCACAACCAUCUCAAUGACAGAUAUAUAUCCACAGAUUAACCUGUCUGAACUUUCCAUUCCAUCGGAAGAAGAGGAAAAUAUUAAUCAAUGGGUUGACACAAUAAUGGUUGGUGAACACAAAAUAUAUCUCCUAUGUGGACUCAACGCCCAAGUCCUGUUUUUAAAUCGUGCAGCCACCCAAUACGAAGUGUUUAACAUCACCGAUGAGAUUAAAUCGAGUGUACCGAUCCUGCUUAUCAAAACACCAAACUAUUAUUCAGUUGCAAUAUGUUUAUCUCACCCAUCGCGUCCGGACUUUAGCAAGUGGGUGACUGAAGCUAUUGAAUUUUGCCAUCAAUUCCUUAAGCAAGGAGAAAUAUUCAAGCUUAAUGAUAUCAAAGCACGAAUCAGCAAGCGUCCACAAAGAAAGAAAAUCUACUCGCCAUCCUGGUUGAUAUCCAAAGAAGGGUUCACUCCAGUGUCUAUUUAUGAGAAAAGCGCACCGGUUAUCCGUACCGAUGGUAUUUCACUCAGUAUUACCAGGGGUGUUGCUCGACGCUUUGAGCCAAAACUAAAAGAACAACAUUUGCCGUAUCAAAAAGCCGGAACUGCCAAGGAACGUCGCUCCAUUGAAACUCUCAAGAUGGCAGUAGCAACCGAUGGUACCAACCCAAUUUGUUAUAGCAUCGACCCAGGUAGAAGUUCUCACGUAAGCUACUCAACCGAUUCUAAGGAGAGACGGGCAUCUGUCAAACAGUAUUAUGAUUGGAAAUCCAAUCGUUACUCUAAAAAAGUAAAGAAAUUGGAAGAGAAAUUCAAAUUGUUUCAAUCUAAAAUGCCACCUCACAGUAAUGCAUAUGGAAGAGCAGACUAUUUCAUUAAAAACUGGGAGGUAAUGAAACUUUAUAUAGAUUUCAGAUUAAACAAUAUCCAUAGGCAAAGGCGACGAUUAGAGUUUAAAUUGAAUCAACAGUCCAAAUCAAAGUUGGUAAAGCAAUUAGUACCAACAACCGCUUCGGAAAUGAAGCAAGGUGUUAUUUUCUUGGGUGCAUCAUCAUUUAACCAUGCAAGUAAAGGUCACCGCACCUUCAUUUCCUCCAAGGGUCUCAAGAAAAUUUUUGAGGCUCAUGGUUAUAAUGUGGUGUCCGUUAAUGAAUUCUGUACUUCCAGAGUGCAUCAUGGUUCAUACGUUGAACAGGAAAUGAAACUGUUGAGUGCUAUUAAACGGGUUGAUCAACAUGUAUCUGGUCCAAAGGCUCAAUGGCCACCAGAAUCUAAACCAAAGGUUAAUAGCUCUCGAGGAUCUGUAUACGAGAAGGUGAGAAAUGACUAUGAGAAUCUGUCAAAGUUUGAAAGUGACCUCAAUAGUGGUGGUUCCAUGCAAGAACAGCAAUCGACCUACGACUAUUAUGGUCAUCACUCCAUAUAUAGUACUGAACUCUCGAAAAAGACAACCAAAUCGGAUCAAGGACAUCAUUCCACACAUAGUACUAAACUCUCGAGAAAGACAUCCAAAUCAGUUGCUAAAAGAGAAUGGAAAAAAGUACUCUCCAAAGAUGGUUUCCUAAAGGUUAAUGUUAAUGAUUUGAACUAUAUGUCAAAUUUGGAUCAUGCAGCGAUAAUAAAGAUUAUUCAUGAGGCAAGAGUUGAUUGCCUGAGACAAUUGGGAUUAUCAGAGCGUAACUUACUUCCUGACAAGAGCAGACCUUACUCUGUACAAAUGUAUAUCAAAGAUUUGUCGGUGCAGUACAUGAAUAGUGGUGAGCUGUUCGAUGAUCUGAUAGUAGAGAGUGGAUUCACUGAGAAACAGCGUUGUGGUUUCAAGAUGUGUCAUCGUGUACGUAGUUUAGUGCCUAUAGGCAGCCAAGACUUUCCAGCGAAUGCCGACAACCACAAUUUCGACCAACCAACUGGUUCCACUUUCAAAUCGAUAGCACUUGUCGAAGUAGGUGUCGUUGCAGUUGACGCCAUAACAAAGUCACCAGUGGAGUUGCCACUCCCAUUCUUUGAAAAACUUGGUUUCAGUAGAAGCGAACUCGAAACUCAUCUAACCAAGACAAACAACAGUGUACAUCCGACACCAUAA